CGUUGUUUUCUGUUGUUUUAUCAUAUUUAAGUAUAAAAAAAUUAAAAAUGUCUUUAGUACGUGAUAUUUUAUGGGAAUCUAGUUCUUCUGACGACGAAAAUUAUAAUGAUUUACCUAAUUCUCGAAAGAAAAAAGUGUAUCAACCACGUGUUAAUCGAUUCCUAAAAUGGAAUGAGCAGGAGUUCUUGGAUAGAUUUCGGAUUUCCAAAGGUUUAGCACGAGCCCUGGCUUCUCAUUUAGCACCAUUGCUCCAAACCAGAACCAUGAAAAACUUUGCAGUUACUCCAGAGCAGCAAAUAAUAAUGGCAUUGGAAUUUUACGCAUGUGGUUCUUUUCAACGCUGCAUUGGGGAUGCUGCAGGUGUUCACAAAUCUACUGUUUGUCGAAUAAUUCAUCGAGUGAGCAGAGCUAUAGCCGGACUAAGAACAGACUGGAUUGCAAUGCCUAAAAAUAUUGAGGAAAUGGAAACUGAGGCCAAAAAAUUUUAUGAAAUAUGUGCAUUUCCUAAAGUAAUAGGAACUAUAGACUGCACACAUAUACCAAUCAAAUCGCCAGGUGGUGCAGAUGCAGAAACAUAUAGAAAUAGAAAACAGGUAUUUUCUCUUAACACUUUCGCUGCCCAGCUCACCUAUGCAAUUCCUAUCCACAUGCCCAAAAAUAUUUUGCAUAAUUACAUAACAACCCGGUAUUCGAGUCCAACAGCGCAAUUGUAUCGGAACGGGACCCUUAUGCCCGAAAACCCGGCGUCCGCGUUCACUUAAGCCCCGCCCACCGAGCGUAGGGCUACCCAAAAUAAUUUACUAGAAUAUAAUUAUUGUGCAUUUUUGAUCAGAAUAAAGAAAAUAAAUCCCG